GUCUCAUUUAUAGUUUCUUCCUCUUACCAACAAAACCAAAAGGAAAAUACUCUCUUUGUUUUCAAAUGGGAAAGCCAGGAGGAUUGUUCGAUCUUGAGAAUCAUUUUGCAUUCUAUGGGGCAUAUCACAGUAACCCAAUCAACAUUUUCAUACAUACUUUGUUUGUUUGGCCAAUAUUUUUCACUUCUCUUGUUCUUUUCUACUUUACACCCACCAUUUGUGAUCUUUCCCAAUCUGGGAUUUUGCCCUCUGGGUUUAAUCAUGUUUUGGUUUUCAAUUAUGGGUUUCUUUGUGCUCUAAUUUAUGGAUUGUUUUAUGUGAUUUUGGAUAAGAAAGCUGGUUCCUUGGCUGCUUUGAUUUGUUUAGCUUGUUGGGUUGGUGCUACUUUUCUUGCUGCACACCUUGGAUAUUCUCUCGCUUGGAAGGUUGUGUUGGCUGCUCAGUUGUUCUGUUGGACUGGACAGUUCAUAGGCCAUGGAGUCUUUGAGAAACGUGCACCGGCUCUGUUGGACAAUCUUGUUCAAGCUUUUCUAAUGGCUCCAUUCUUUGUUUUGCUCGAGGUUCUUCAAUCGCUCUUUGGGUAUGAACCGUAUCCGGGUUUCCAUGCACGCGUGAAAGCUAAGAUCGAAGCUGAAAUCAAGGAAUGGAAGGACAAGAAACAGAAAAAAAAUUCUUAGCAUUGAAUUGGGAACUUGCAUAAGAAAUGAUUUUGGUUAAAACUACUGUAAACACAAUGAAGGAAAGGCUUUUUUGCCUUGUGUACUCUCAUGUAAAUGUGUGCAUACACUGCUGUGAUUUUUAUAAAAGCUUUCAAAGCUUCUUUACCUUAA